AUGUCCAAGAAACUCAGUUAUCCUUACUGCCGAGGCACAACCUGCAAAGAGCAACAUCAAAAAAUAGCAUAUUAUAAACCAAAUUUUGCUAUUCAUAAAACCCUCAUAUUUAAGGAGUACUUUUCCUCCCUUAUGAACAUAACCUUUCCAUACGUUACAAGUGAUACAGUUUUUGACAUAAUUAAAAUUGAUGUUAAAAACAUGUCCAUUGCUGUCCUGUUAAGGAGAGUAUUAUGGCUUAAAUCCUGGUCAGCUGAUAUGGUCUCUAAGAACAGACUUUUGUCAAUUGCCUUUGAGGGUAAAUUGCUUUUUGGAUCAAAGUACGACUCUAUCAUUAAAACUGUUACUGAAGGUGUUAUUUGUGUUUGUUUACGAAGAAAGACGGCAACAAUGAUUUAUGUCGACCAAAGGAAUGGAGACCUUCUCACUAGUCUAUCAUCUAAAGAUCAGUCAACUGAACUUGUAGCUUCCAGGAAAGCAUUGGGGAAUGUCAAUAAACAGGUGGUACCUCAGAAAGUGGCUAUGACACUCACUGCCUUGAAGAAACUUAAAAGGCAUGCAGCUGCAGCAAAAAAGGCUGCUAAAUUAGCUUACCUUGCUAGGCCUCGUAAAGAAGAUUAUCCUGAGAUUGAAAACUUUUCCCCAUACAAUCCUACAGAUUUUGAAAGAUUUGAGGUCCCUGAAGAGCACAGGCUCAGUCACAUUUGCUUAGCUGGUAUUCCUCAUAUGGUGCAUGAGAAAGAGAUGGCAAAGUUUGAGGCCCUGAUAAACCUAGAACCUGCUCCAAUGAAUCUGCUUCUCCUGCCUUGGGAAUCUGAUACUACAGACACUGUACCAACAUUCCUUGCCGGUCUUGAAGAGAUCACACUGGAAAUGCCUCCUAUUGACUACUGA